ACAGAAACUUCGAAAGCCUCAAAUGGCAAGGCACGUCCAUCGUCUUCCCAGGUUCCUCCUCGCUGCCCGAAACGAAGUCCAAAACCCCAUCUCAUUCCCUCUCUCCCACUCCCUCUGCUCAGCCUCUGAACCUGAAAAGCCAACCGAAACCACCUCAACAGAGAUUCAGAAUCCUUCUACCAACGUUGAAGACCAGCAGCGCCAUGAGCAAGUCCAGAAGCUCCGAGUCCUUCUCCUACAGAGCCGUACGGAUACUGCCCAGAGGCUCAUCAAGUCCCUUGUUCUCGCCAAAGCUCCUUUCUCUUCGCCCUCCGAGCUUUUCACUCUCUUCGCCGUCUCUGCGCCCUCCGUGAAGCGAACUUUCUCGGACAUGCUCUUGGCGGUUUGCUCGGAGUCCAGAAUGACAACCGAAGCCACGGAGGUUUACAGAUUGAUGAAGAGAGACGGUAGGUUUCCUUCUUUGGCUUCUUUCAAUGUGUUGCUUGAAUCAUUGGUGGCCUCGAAACAGUAUCAGAUAGCGUUGGAAUUGGUUUCGGAUGCUGUGGGGUCGGGUAUUCGACUUGGUAGGUUUGCCUUUGGGAAGGCGGUUCUUGCGGCGGUGAAGUUGGGGAAUCUGAACAGGGCAUUUGAGUUGCUGGAUAACAUGAAGAAGAGCAGCGUGAGUCCUGGUGUGUUUGUUUACAAUGUGGUGCUGGAUGGGUUGUGUAAAGAGAAGAGAAUGAGGGACGCAGAGAAGGUAUUUGAUGAAAUGCUGAAGACGAAGUUGGUGCCGAGUUUGGUUACGUAUAAUACACUGAUUGAUGGGUAUUGUAAAGUAGGGGAAUUGGAGGGUGCUUUUGGUUUGAGAGACAGGAUGAAGGUGGAGAAUGUGGAGCCGAGUCUUGUUACAUUCAAUUCUUUGCUUAGUGGGCUUUGUCGGGCACGGAGAAUGGAUGAUGCAAAGAGGAUAUUAGAGGAAAUGAAUGCCUAUGGAUUUGUGCCUGAUGGGUUUACUUACAAUAUAGUUUUUGAUGGGCAUUCGAGAAGUGGUAAUGGUGAGGCUUCAUUGGCUUUGUUUGAAGACGCAGUUGGGAAAGGAGUAAGGUUUAAUAAGUAUACAUGUAGCAUUUUGUUGAAUGGGUUGUGCAAAGAAGGGAAGAUGGAAAAGGCAGAGGAGAUUCUGAAGAAACUAAUGGAGAGAGGGCUUGUUCCGGAUGAGGUAAUGUAUAACACAAUUAUGAAUGGAUACUGUCGGAGGGGCGAUUUGAACAGAGCCAUUUCAAUUCUUGAACAAAUGGAAAGUCAUGGGUUGCGGCUCAACUGCAUCACUUUCAAUACUUUGAUUAGCAAGUUUUGUGCGAUGAGAGAGAUGGAUAAGGCGGAGGAGUGGGUAAAGAAGAUGGCAGAGAAGGGAAUUUCCCCGAAUGUUGAGACAUUUAACACCCUUAUUGAUGGCUAUGGACGGAAGUGCUUGUUUGACAGGUGUUUCCAGAUUCUCGAAGAAAUGGAAAAUAAAGGGAUAAAGCCAAACGUUGUAAGCUAUGGUUCUCUCAUAAAUUGUUUAUGCAAGGAUGGUAAGUUUCUUGAAGCUGAAAUUAUCCUCAGGGAUAUGGUAGGAAGGGGGGUAUUGCCAAAUGCACAAAUAUAUAAUAUGCUCAUUGAUGUUAAUUGUACAGCGGGGAAACUGAAAGGUGCCUUUAUGUUUUUCGAUGAGAUGGCAAACAAUGGUAUAAGGGCAACACUUGUAACCUACAAUGCUCUUAUUGACGGGCUGUGCAAAAAGGGAAGGGUGAUAGAAGCUGAAAAUUUGGUUUCCGAGAUCACGAGUAGUGGUUAUAGUCCUGAUGUGAUCACAUACAACUCCCUAAUCUCAGGGUAUGCUAAUACGAAAAACAUCCAGAAAUGUCUCAGCUUGUAUGAACAUAUGAAGAAGUUGGGGAUUAAACCUACUUUAAAUACAUAUCAUCCUCUAAUUACUGCAGGCUGUGAGGAAGAUAUUGUGCUGGUAGAGAAUUUGGUAAAUGAAAUGUCACAGAUGGGUUUGGCCUGCGACAGAUUGGUAUUUAAUGCACUUAUUCACUGUUAUGCAAAACAUGGCUACCUUCAGAGGGCGUUUGCCUUGCAGCGUGAUAUGAUAGACCAGGGCAUUCCUGCCGACAAGAUGACCUAUAAUAGCUUGAUUCUGGGGCAUUUCAGAGAAGGAAAGUUGUCAGGGGUAAAGGAUCUUGUUACUGAUAUGAAGGCCAAAGGAUUGGCCCCUAAAGCUGAUACUUAUAACAUACUUGUUAAGGGAUUUUGCGAACAAAAGGAUUUCAGUGGGGCAUAUGUUUGGUUUAGGGAAAUGGCCGACAACGGCUUCCUACUAACUGCCUCUACAUGCAAUGAGCUGAUCGCCGGCCUUCAACAGGAGGGGAGGUUUCAAGAGGCCCAGAUUGUCUGCUUGGAAAUGAAGGUUAAACUAACAGAUGAUUCGGGCACCAAUGAGGAUCUCUCUGCUGUUGCCAAAAUGUGAAGGGAGAUGUUUGGCGUGGUUAAGCUCUCAGCGCAACGAUUUAUCGACAAAGAGAGACACGGAUGCUGUAUUAUAGCUUUGAUUUAUACACUUCUGCCUUAUACACUUCUGCCUUAUACUUCUGUGUUGAUAUUGAAACACACGUAGAAGAGUGUGGCUGACCUCAGAAAUGAUGGUCGGUCAGAUGCUAAAGAAGCAAAUAUUUGGGCUGGCUGAGCCGAGCAAUGGCGUGCACACUGUUGUGAGGAUUUGUUAGGAGUUAUUCGUUGUGAAUAAGCUUCUAGCUUGAAACAUUUGAUAUCCAACCAGGGCUUGGCCUCAGGUAUUCUACUUGUAUAGAAAUUUCAACCAUUUUCAUAAGUUUUAUGAUUACGUUUUAGAUUACAAAAACUGUAGUACUGUACAAUUGGCCGCCAUAACAAAUUAUGUAGUCUCAUAAAUCAUU